AUGAUCUUAGCAAGAAAUAAAGUUCCACUCACAAAUGCAGCUAGAUUUGCGGCUCGCAACUAUGUAAUGGCACAGGAUGGUGCCACUGCACAAUCACACCAAUGGAAAGAGCGUGAACAGGCUCUUGAGAAAGCAUACAUAGCCUCGAAGGAUACUGAGAACCUUCUCAAACUCAAAAAGAGUCUUGAAGACAGUAUCCAAAACAUAAACACGCAUCUAAUUUCGUCAUCAAAAAACACAAAAGAAGAUGCCAUUCUCACUAGUUCUCUCGAUAAAGAAUUACAAAUCAAAGCACUCGAGGAACAAUUCGAUAUCAUUUCCAAACGUUUAGCUUCACUAGAAGCAGGAUCGAGACACAUUUGAGUAAAUAAUUUAAAUUAUGUAUUACGAAUUCUUACGUUAUGAUUUUUCUUUUGUAUGCAUUAUAAAUAGUAUCAACGACCUGUUUACUUGAAGACACAUUGCUAAGUUGUGAAAGCGUGAGUUGCACUAUCAAUCUCAGUGUCUUUUCAUCACUGUCUAAUGUGCUGAGUUUAUCAAGAAGAGUGAUUAUAGUACCUCUAUCGGGAUAGUUGUACGCCGAAAGGUGAAUACCAGCUUUCCAUUCAGGUGUUCUUCCUGCCAGAACGUCAUGUAAGACAUUUUCAUCAACGUUAACGUUGUUAAGAAUCUUUAAAGCAUAGACUAUCAUUGAGCUUUGUAAUAAUGGUGGGAGAUCUCCAAGGAUGUUUUUUAGUACGCCACUGUACGCCACUUGCAAGUGAUUCAGCUCCCUGGCCGACAAAACUAGUUCCAUUGUCUCCUUUAGUGAGUAGGUAUUCUUUUGGGCGAGAUUACAUAGUCUGUUUAGGGACAAGUGAUACCAAACUCCUACUGGCUUGUCAUUCGUUAAAGCAUCAAGCAAAAUCGCAUCAAUGAGGUUGUUAUUACCGCCAGACCUUGCAAAACGUGCAAGUGAAGCUAAGCUAUCACUGAACUCUAAGCUAUUUUCAACUUCUUCAUAGUUAUCUGAUCUCAAUAACCGCUGGUUAGGUACUAAGUCCAUCUUCAUCAUGGCCACCAAGUCUAACCCUAUUUUGUUCCUACUAGCUGUUGACUUUAAAUUCUUUGGGUCAGACGCAUAACUUAGAUAUCCUGCUUUCUUCUUCACAUAGAAUGUUUGUGAUGCUUUAAGAUUCCGCAAACUAUUCUCGUCAUUGAAAUCAAUAACUAAUGGCCAAUAUCUUGGAGAAUCAAUUUUAAGGCUAAGCAGACGAGAGUAUUUCGGUACCAAAGUUGGCGCUAUCAUUCUCAUGCUCUUAGGUUGCUUGUCCAAUUCAUCCACAGCCUUGAUCUUGAUCGGCACAUAAACGGCUUCGUUGGUUUUGACAUCACGUGGGAUAAAACAUCUCUUCUGUACUGCUUUCACCCACAGGUGCCUGUAAGCAAAUGGAUGAUUGGAUUGGUCAUUAAUCGACAUUGGCCACUUUGGAUAGAGUGCGCACAAGAGGAAUCCGACAGCUUCAUUUGAGUUGGUGAGGGUAUAUUCACCACCUCCCAAGAAAAGCAUACCGAGUGCCAUAUGAACUGCCAUUUGAGAACCGAAAUUCCGUCCACUGGCUUGACCAAAUUGACCGUGAGCAAUUCUAAGACGCUUCAGGAUUCCCAGUUCACCAGUACCAGCCAUAACAGUUGCUAUUGCAACUGUGAUUGUAUUCAAACCCGAUCUAAUCGCUGCACGCUUGACUUUACCUUCAUAAGUGAUGG